AUCUACCCUGACAUUUUCCAUAUAACCAUCUCCGUCCCAACUCGCUCACAUUUCUGGUCAUCGUUUCAGAUCGAUUUUUAAAAUAAAAAAAAAAAGUGUUUGCAAAUGGCUUCGACAGCUGCAGUGCCGUUUUGGAGAUCUGCUGGGAUGACUUACAUAUCAUACUCAAACAUAUGUGCUAACCUUGUCCGAAACUGCUUAAAAGAGCCUUUCAAAUCUGAAGCUAUCAGCCGUGAGAAAGUCCAUUUUUCUGUCUCUAAAUGGGCCGAUGGCAAACCUGAGAAGCCCACUAUUAGGACCGACUCUCUUGAAGAUUGAGGUUGGAAGACGUUGUCACAUUUUGCAUUUGUUACUGAAGUUAAUUUCUAAAUUCCAAGGCUUUGCUUCUGGAAGGGAUAGCGAAAGUAGAAGGGACAUCCUUCUUGAACAAUGCUAUUAAUAAUAUAUUCUGUAAUGCUUGGAUGAACCUGAACCCUGUUUGAAUGGAUCAUAUGUUUGAUU